AUGUUGAUUUAUGUUUUCGUUCUAUUACUGCCAAUUACCAUACUCGAUUCUAUUAAUCCAUUGGCGACAACUCGAUCUUAUGUUAUCAAAAGAGACUUCUUUCGGGGAGCGAAAGCUAAUGAAUUUACAAUUCUAGAUCCAUCGAAGAAACAACCACAAUAUCGCAUCGAAUCUCGAUAUGGUCUCCUACAAAAUGCUGAACUCGUUGUUUACCCAUCGAAACAACCCAUCGCUAAGCUACAACAAAAAUUUAAACUACUUCUCUAUAGUGGAAUAAUCUCUAUUUUGGAUCAGAAUUCCAAUCAAUGGAUAAAUGGAACAAUUCAAGAAGAUUUUCGUGGCACUUACAUAAUCGAGUGGAAUGGACAACGUGUAAAUGUGAAAUCAAUUGCUAUCGAUAGUGAUUUUACUGAAACAAUUUUAGACAAAGUAUUGAAAAUCAAAUUUGAAUUCCACAGUAAAUGUUGGAUCUCUUCCUGA